AAUUUUAAAGUUUAGAGCAAUCAGAAGAAAUAGCCUGAGUAGUAUCUAGAAAACCUGAUUGUCCAUAAUGAAGUAGGCAGCCAAGCUCUCCCUCUCUUGUCCCCGCGGCUACGACACAUCCGUCUUGCGCACGCAUCUGGUCAACGUGCAGUUCCGCCUUCACCUGCCUGCAGCCUGGCGCGUGCAGCACAUCGCUACACCGCGUGCAGCACAUCCCCACACCGACUUUUUGUCGGGCCUCCUGGCUGUACUCACAGAACUUAAUUCUGAGCACGCGCACGAAACCGAAAAAAAUAAAUAAACAAGUUAGCCCGGCGGUGUGAAAAGAUGCCCACGUUCUCCUCCAUUUGUCCCUGACAUCAAUGUGCUUCACGUGCAGCUUGCCACGUGAAUCCAUUGGACGUUGCCACGUGACGUGAUAUUACGUUCCUUUUUCUACGGGAUGUUACGUUGAUGUUGCUAUGUAACGAGUUAUGUCGGUGUUGCUAAUUACUUUCAUGUUUAAGGACUGAUGAAUAAGAGACAGGCAUGGACACACACACACACACACACGUACGCACAUGCACAAGUAUUCGUGCACGAACAGAAGAGCGCGUGUCAAUCGUUGAAGUUGUUGAUGUCCGACUCACUCCCACAUCUUCUUGUGUCCAUUUUGCAGAUGCAGCAGUUUGUGGGAACCUAGGCGACAACCUCGCAAGUAGCAAAAAGAAAUCUUCGAUUAUUAAAUUACUAAAGCAUAUUAGCCUUCACCCGACCGGAACCCGUGCUCGCCAUUCAGGUGACUAUUAUGGACAAGCGUUUUCCUCUUGUUGUUGCACUGACUGCCAAGAUGCACCGAACCAUUCCAACAGACAAAUCAAUUUUCAUUUCCAAACACGUGCCGGCUGUUGCCGCGGGCAUGACCACAACAAUGGCUUUUGUGUGCGGUUACAAGGCUAAAUAAAAGCUACGGAGGUUAUCUUUCGCAAAGAACGUUUGCACCUAAAAAUGAAAUCCUCCCACCUGGUGAGGUCGCGAGGUCAGUUUUUGCAAGCGUUGAUGAUGUGAAGCAGCAGCCUGUUGGAAUCAAACAACUUUCCCCCGACCCCUGUCCUGCAGCUAUGGACUACAGCCACCGCAUCACUUCCUCAGCCUCGAACCUCACCACACUGUCCAUGAACCAACUGUCCAAAGCUGCUGUUGAUGCAGCAGACGCCAUGGCCAAAGGUGUUGCCACAGCUGACGCAGCGGCAGACGCACAGAAGGCGGAGCCGCCGCAGCAACCCGUGUACGUCACGGUCAUCGUCGUACUGAUGUACACGCUCAUCAUCAUCGUCGCCGUGGGCGGUAACGUCCUCGUCUGUUACAUCAUCCUGUCCCGCGCCACCAUGAGGACCGUGACCAACCUGUUCCUCCUCAACCUGGCCGUCAGCGACAUCAUGAAGGCCGUCAUCUGCAACCCCUUCACCUUCGUGGCCAACCUCAUCCUGCUGUACUGGCCGUUCGGAGAGUUUAUGUGUCCGUUUGUCACCUACGUCCAAGUGGUGGCUGUGUUUCUAAGUGCCUUUACGCUUGUGGCCAUCAGCUUGGAUCGCUUCGUGGCGAUCGUGUACCCGCUGCGACCCAAGAUGACCCGGCGCUUCUUUCUCAAGAUCGUGCUCUUCAUCUGGUUCCUGUCGCUGGCCGUGCCGCUGCCAACAGCCAUCAUCUCCAGGGUGGAGUACCCGGACAACGUGACAGCCAUGUGCUGGGAGGGGUGGGCGCGCGACUCUGACAAAUACAUCUACAGUGCCAUCAUCAUGAUGCUGCAGUACUUCAUCCCGCUCGUCAUCAUCACCAUCACCAGCGCCAAGAUUGGCUACAUCAUCUGGCUCAAGAAGACGCCUGGGGAGGCAGAACGAGACAGGGACCGGCGUAUGGCCAGCUCCAAGAGACGGAUCAUGAAGAUGAUCAUCGUGGUGGUGGUGAUCUACACCGUCUGCUGGCUGCCUCUACACGUCAUCACCUUGGCUGGCGACCUGGAUCCUUCCUUCUACAGCCGGCCUCACAUGAACAUUAUCUGGCUGUGUGCUCACUGGCUGGCCAUGAGCCACUCGUGCUACAACCCCUUCGUGUACUUCUGGAUGAACGCGCGGUUCCGCAACAGUUUCAAGAAGGUGCUCAACCUCUGCCACCUCAUCAAGAUGGCGCCGGAUGAUGACGUCCUCUUCCGGGCAGUGUCCUGCGACGGGGAGAUGUCCAGCACCCAGACCGGAUCCUGUCGGUCCGGCAAGAGAAUCUCUACGUACAACGGUCGCUGUCUGCACCCGCAGUACCGCUUGUGACCUCGGCUUGGUGUGUCAGGAGUUAUCUGUUGUUGUCACGAGUUAAUGAGGCUGUCAUAAUUCCACUGCCAGUGUCAUGAGUUAACUGCACUGUCAUGAGCUAACCGCGGAUAAAAGGAGUCAACUACUGCUGUCACUAUUUAUCUGCGGUUGAGUUGAUGCACACUUGAUGCCGAGGUCUUGCUGGUCAAAGGAGAGAGAGAGAAAAAUAAAUUUCGGAGUGAACAAAGUGCACGAGAAAUGUACAGGACUGUAAAGGGUGAUGAACUCGAAAAGUAUUAUGAGUGGUUGUGAACGUGCGUGUGAACUGCCGUCUGUUUGUGCGGAACUCUCGUGUGCUUUCUGGAAACAAGAGAUAUUUUAGAUGGUGUUCCGAGGAUGACGGGAGUGAAAUUAUAUUCCAAUCUGGUUUGACUCUUUUGAGUCCCGCAUCUUCCUAUAUAAUUUUGCAUCCCAUUAAAAGAACACAUCUGAAAUUUUAAAGAUACUUAAGCUUAGUGUUAUCUCUUUAAAUCUGUGUACUGAAUAUUCUGAAUAAGAUAUAAAAAAAAACAGUAUAAUUUGUUUCUAAACAGUUUCACUCAAAUUUGCAGAGAUGCUCAUCAAAGGGUUGUCAUAAAUAUUAUUCGAAAUUGAUGUUAUGUUUAUCAUACGUAAGCGUGAAAUUGAAAUGGUUGUGUCUUAGGGAUUAUUAAUAAACAGCCCCCAAAAACUCAUUGUCCAAUUAACAUUCUAGUAAGAAUAGAACCUACUGACAAAUCCGGUUCCUUACAUUCACCACACCAGGACAUCAUUUCUAUUUUUAGACGUUGUUACACCUUCGUACAAGUAAUCACCCAGCAGGGUGCGCCACAUUCCCCACCUGGACCAAUUUUUUAUUAUACUACUCAUACCUUCUUUAUACAUUGCGACUCAAUUCAAUCUCAAGACAAUAUUAAAGAAAGAGUUCUGCCUUUGCACUCCUGAUACCGAUUACAGUAUAUGAAAUUUAAAAGUUUUACACAGUAGUUUGUUAUUUUACAUACUGAAAAUAUUUAUAUACUUAUAAAAACUCCUAUUGUUUUCCGAUAAGCGCUUCACGUUGAAGUUGAUGUAGACUUCCCCGGUUAUUUAUUUAUUAUGUAUAUUUUCUAACAUAAUUUAUACCAAACUUGCCUACAACUUGCGAUUGUAAACUCUGACAAGACAAAGGAAGAGAAUCAGGCAGGGAAAGAAAUGGUUGGCCUCAAAGCAAAAGGUUUGCUCGAAUCCUUUAAAAGCUCAGUACAGCUAGGUCAUUAGCCGAGGAUAAACAAUAACAUUAAUCAUUCUGUUGAAUGCCUCUCGUGCCACAGGUGAUGGUAAGGAUAUCUUAAAGCAAACAUCGUUAUUGCUAGAUGAUAUUCCUCUUAUAAGUUUGCCGGCUUCUCUGCUCCUUCAUACAACUUCUGAUGAUGAACAUGCAAGUGGCUGUCCUUAAACAUGUUAACAGUUUCGUGAAUUAAGUUGCUGAUUUGACUGCAAGAAAGCUUGCUUGUUUAAUUUGAUUUUUGAAACACAUUUUACUGGGCAAAGCCUAGUGGUUAGUGUGUUCGACUUUUAAAACUUAAUUUUCUUGCUUUCUUUCUUAGGCACCCAUGAUAUUUCUUCAUUUUUCUUCCUCAGCUUGUUCUAGUCUCCGAAGCGCAAAGAAUGAUUUAUCAUUAUGAUUUAUCAUUUAUGAUUAUAUUACCAGUAAAUUAAUUUAUCGAGAUACAUUUAGCACAGCUUGUUUGAUUUGAUAUGUGCUCUAUCCACCCCCUUUCCAUUCGAGAUAGUUGAUGAUUCUGGUCUCUUAUUGCGUUUAUAUUCAUCUUAAAAGUUAUCUCGCAAAUUUAAGGAAGGACCGAAACUUUGGCUGCCUGUGGAUUUUGUUUUGUAAACAACAUUCUCACAAAGACAUGAUUGUAGUUUCGUUCAGUCUUAUCUUCAGAGCAAAUUUCACGCAAUGUCCUGAAAAUCCUUUUACCUCUGUGCUUUGAAAAAAAUAUUUAUCUCGUUCUGGACUGCUUCAUGAGGUUUGUCUGCACUUACAUGAUUGAUCAGGAAACCGUUAGAAGUCUUAAAGUCUUCAUUUGUGAAGUCUUUGUCCAUUGGGUUAGGAUAAUAUUUACAGAUAUGCAUUUAUUUCGUUAAAGAAACUAAUUGGCGCAGGAAGUGAGGGACUGACAAGAGGUGAGAUAUACAGUGAAAGAAAGAGAAGUAGAGGGGGAGGAAUGGCGAUAGAAAAUAGUUGUUGGAAGUGUAACAAUUUUGAAGUAUUGUUUCUGCAUGGCAUGGAAAUAAAAAAAUUCCUUACAUGAUCUGUUUUCCCGGUGGAAGACCACUUGCCGAUCUCAUAUUUAUCUUGCCGAUGAUAUAUCUAUCGUUUGCUCAUAAACAGUAAGUAAAAUGUGAAACAACUUACUGAGUUGGUUUGUCUUCUGCUGCUCAUUUAGCAAUUUUGUCCUGUUUGAUCACUCCCUAGCCAUUCAUUUGUUUGAUUGUAGAUAAUGUUUCAGUUGGGGCCGUACUCAUGAACCAGAGUUACCUAUUUAUUACACACGUUUAUACUUAACUCAGGUCUGUCCGCUUCCCAUUGUCCCAGCAGUCUGAAAAAAAACCACUCAGUUCCAGCGGUCCACAAGUAGUAAAAUAUAUAUUUUUAAAAUUUGUCUUUCCAGGAAAGUAAAUGUUCAAGUCAUGUAACUCUGCAGACUUAAUUCCACUUUCGCAUGCAAUAGUUACUUCCCUUGGAUGAUUGAAUUUAAAUAAAAAGUGAAAAGUUCGCGAAAGUACUUGUAGUAUAUUUUUAGUACCCGACUAGAGUUAGGGUGUGAGAACCUCAUGAAUACAUCAAACUGCCUGACAUGUUCACUUUUCUCAAAAUGACGAAACACUUGAGAGACGUAUAAAAAAAAAGUAAAAAGGAACAAUCUAUCACAAAAUUGUUAAAAGAGUAAAAAGUUUAAAAUAAAAUAAAUAAAUUUGUAAACACAUUUUUAUUUAAAAUGUACUUAAAAGGGUAAAUGUUUCACUGUUUUUAAGAGUACUCCUCACAUUUUUUAUAUUUUAAGUUAUAUGUAUUAAGACAAUUCCGACGGUAACUCUGUUUGAUCAUGUGGGCCCGUCAUUCACCUACGCGUAUACGUGUGUAUAAGUGUGUGCGUACGUGCGUGGUUAUGCGUAUGUGUUUACAUGUGUGUGAGUGUGCGUUUGGUUGAUGACCGUUUAUGGCAGGCAAAUGGUCAACGAAUGGUCAGUUUUGUGUUUGUACAACCUGCGUUAGCCACCCACCUAAAUUUAAUUAAUUUUUCGUAAUUGUUAAUUAAUGAUCUCGCCGGAACGUGGUGCAAUCACGAAGAACAGUGUCAUCAAAGUUCCAGGUGUCGCAAGUAGUAUUUUUCUCUUUCGUCGUGGAUGUGCGCUAACUUCAAAACGCAUUUCCGCCAUUUUGAAUUUCACUUCUUCAAACAGAUCACACACUUGUCUAUAUGGUGGGUUGUUUGUUUGUCUGUUCGUUCGUUCGUUUGUUUGUUUGUUUUUUGUUUGGUUGGGGGUUUUUUGUUUGCUUUCUUUCUUUUUCUUCUUUUUUUUUCUUUUUUUUUUUUUUGUCAUAGAAUCAACAUCGGUUCCCCCCCACCACCACCACCACCACUUCACCUCCUUGUUUUCAUAGACCAGUGAAAGGGAGAUUUGAAACCAACGUUUGUUUAAAUCAAACAGUCGGGAACCAAUCAAUGACACGGAGUGUUUGUGAGUGACGUCCUGUCUCGCGAGACACACCACGUGAUGGGACACGUGACCUGAUGUGUCCACUGUGUAAGUACAAGCGGCCCUCUUAGGCAGUUAUUGCGUUAACAGUUACGGACCCUCGGCGCAGCGGAGUCUCUGUUCUGUUGACGUAUGAUGUACAAUUAAUGUUGUCAUUUUAUAACAAAUUGCUGUGUGCUCGCAUUUUCCUUUUAUUCCGCCUCGUCAGCCUCUCCUGUCAGAACUCUGUUAUGUUGAUACUGUUAAGUGUGCCACAGGAGGGUGAAUGUCAGUUACUUUACUACAUCUCAUUGGAUCACAAUCUACUGCUCUUGACCGUGUGUGUAAUUCAUGCAUGAUAAAUCAAAGUCUGGUGGUUGAUACACGUUGAACACUGCCUGCAGUAUAUGAUGUACAUGGCUCAAGAAUUUGUGUCUGAUCAUGUGUCCCACUGAGUGCGAGAGAAAGAGAGACAGAGAGAGACAGUUAAUAUGUGUGCAGGACUGAAUGUUUGCGUUAUGUGAAAAACGAAACUGUAAUCAUGUUCGUAAGGUCCCAUUUUUGUUUUAAUGUUGAAUGAUGGUGUACAUUAAA